AUGGCGAUCCUCGAGACGGCUUGGGUUGAAAGUGACUCAAUGCUUGGGUAUAUAGCGUAUGUCUACGAGCAUACAACCACAGGUAGCCCGCUGAGGAAUUUCUUCGUCGAUCAUUUUGCAUAUGGACUUCGAUGCAUAGACAUGGAGAAACUAGACGCUUAUCCAAAAGAGAUGCUGGGUGAAGUAGUCUCUCUCUUCUGCCUUGCAACGAGCUUCAUCGUUGGAGAGAAGUGCGAAGAUGAUGCUUCGUACAGACCGAUGCAGGAUGAUCUAGGUAAUUUUCAGUAUGGUUUCUUUAAAGAUUGGAGAGACUACCAAGUUCCCGUGUAUGAUGACUCGAGAGUCUUUCAAUCACCCUAUUCAGAUCUCGAUCCAAGGACGAACUCGCUAUCAAAACUACUUUUUGUCGGCAAAGCAAGAUUCCAAAAUCCUUCCCCAAAAGCUCGAAGGAAUGGCUUUAGGAUGCUCUGUCGUGACAGGAUGGUCGAACUCAAAGAAGAAAGCAUGUAUUGA